CCCUGCAGUGGAAAAAAGUGGAAAACAUCCUCACAUAUGUACUUGUGUCCAGUGACAGAGAAAUAAACGUCAAUGCUGAAAUGGGAAACGAACCAGUUACACAUGUAGCCUCAGGACUCACAAAUGGGAAAAAAUACAACUUCACUCUUUUCACCGUGUCUGAAAACGUCAGAAGCAGUGGAGUGAGCAUCUCUGCAUUCACUGUAACAACUACAACUGUUGCAACGACUAGGAAUACUACAGCAUUCUUAACACCAACCACCAAAGCCAUAACAGAUUCACAUGUUAACUCCACAACAGUCAAAUCAACAACGGUAGUAACAAAUUCAUCACCUGUUGCUACAACAGUUAUGAACACUUCUACAGCUACAACACCUGUGCAAAUAACAAUAACAACUGUUGCAACAACUGUUGCAACAACUAGGAAUACUACAGCAUUCUUAACACCAACCACCAAAGCCAUAACAGAAACAGUUUUCAAAGUCGAAAUGUCAAUGAGAUUAGACAAGGAUUACACACCAGAAUUAAGUGAUACAUCAAGUACCGUCUACAAAGAUUUGAAGUCACAGAUCGAUGCAGUGAUACUUGAGGAGUAUGGAGGAAUCCCAGGAUAUAGAGGAGGUUUUGUGACAGUAUUCAGCGAAGGAAGCAUUAUUACAAAAUAUGUUCUUCAAACGACACAAGUUGACUUUGAUCAAAUCUUGGUUGAAAAUCAAAACUUCCGUAAAGCAAUAAAUAGUCGCAUUGCUCCUGUCAUUGGCGCAGUUUCUGCAAUUUACCAAAGUUCAACUUCAAUCAUCAUUCCAGAGCUCACUUACACUGGUGCCAGCCUGUACCUGAAGUGUGAGCCUCCAGAUAGCUUUAGCGUGGGACUAAUUUCCAGUUCCAGAUGGACAUUUAAUGGACAGGAAAUUAAAGACGGUGGAAGGUUUAAAAUAACUACUUCCAACUCUAUGUCAAUGCUUGAAGUUAAGAAAGUGAUUCCUGCUGAUAGUGGACCUUACAGUUGUACUCUAAACAAAAACAACCUGGAAUUCCAGCAAAAAGGAAUUGUAAUGGAAGGCAACAUCAAAAAAGCUCCUGUUGUGCGUCUCAGGAGUGAAUUUCAUGUUAGAUGCGUAACUGGACAGAUACAACCCCUCAAGUGUUGUGUGCAGCGUCCCUACACAAUCAAGUGGUCUCAAGGCAAAGACCAGUUGACCUCAGAUUCUGUUACCGGUGAAGACGACAACUGCAUCAAGCAUGAUUACAAAUUAGAAAGCUGCAGUGGUUCAGGGGAAGAUCAAAUAAUUUUUACAUGCAGGGUGGAUAACCCAUCAAAUUAUGAAAUGACAUCGACAAUGACGAUCUUCAAAGAGAAUUUCAGAUGCAAUGACACUCAGUAUGGGACAGGUCUUGAAGAAGACCGAACAAGCAUUGAGUGUGAUAUAGGUCAAGUAGGAAGAAGGCUGGCGGAAUGCCAGGAAACGGGCGAGUGGAAACUGGUCGAAGACACCUGCAUUGUAAUAGAAAUCAAUGAAUUACUGAUUGAGUCACAGACUUUGGACAAGGAGGGAGUGCCAGAUUUUGUAGGGAGGAUAAGUAAAGCUGUCCAGAAAGAAAAACAGAACAUUGAAAAAUCAACUGCAACCAUAUCAGCUAUUGUUGACAUCCUAAACACUGUUGCAAAUGUUUCAACUGCUGUCGAUGAAACCGUCAUGCAGAAUAUCCUAGACACUGUUGAUGUCAUCAUAGGUGAAGAUUCAAGAGAGUCUUGGGUAAUUUUGAAUGCAAAUGAGACCAGCAAUUCCAGCUCGAAAUUGUUGGCUUCAUUGGAGAGUCUCUCCAGUGAUUUGCAAGGAGAGUUUUCCGUAAGGACUCCACGGAUCCUGCUAAACAGAAUGACGUUUGAUGACUUCUUCAUGGCUGACCUGAACUCCAGCAUCGUCCUAAACAUUACAACAAACAGCAUGAGCAAUGUUUAUAUUACCACCAUCCUCCUCUCAACCCUUAAUAUUGUUAUGCCGACACGAAACUCCACCUUUGACGUCAGCCCCUUCAAUACCACCAGUAAUGAAACUGCCAGUGAUAAUGCCAUCAAUGCAGCCGUGUUGCUUGUCAAAACAAAUGUGAAGGUUCAGAAUGUCUUUCUGAGCUACGACAAGCUGAACAGCUCCUUGACAAUGCACCCGCAGUGCGUCUUCUGGAACUUCACACUCUUUGACAAUAUUGGUGCUUGGGAUGAUGAGGGAUGUAAGUUUGUUUCCGACAUAAACAACAUAGUAACCUGCAGCUGUAACCACCUCACCUCCUUCUCAAUUCUGAUGGCAACGGACAUCCCUCCAUCUCUAAGAAAAGCCUUGGAUAUAAUCACUUAUGUUGGAGUUGGAAUAUCACUGGCAAGCUUGGUUAUAUGUCUAGUUAUUGAAGGGUAUGUUUGGAAAGCAAUUACCAGGAAUAGCACUGCCUUCAUGCGUCACGUUUCCAUCGUAAAUACCGCCCUGUCUCUGUUGAUUGCUGAUAUCUGCUUCAUCAUUGGUGCCUCUAUAGCAAACAAUCCCCUUGAAAACCCAGGGGGGGACUACGAACUUCCUCUUGGACCAUGUAGCACGGCAACAUUUUUUAUGCAUUUUUUCUACCUUGCUCUUUUCUUUUGGAUGCUCGUGUCAGGCCUUUUGCUCUUUUACAGGACGGUCAUGGUCUUCUCGUACAUGUCCAAGUCAAUCAUGUUGGCCAUUGGUUUCUGUUUAGGAUACGGCUGUCCUCUAAUUAUAGCUGUUAUUACUGUUGCUGUCACAGCACCAGGUAAUGGGUACAUUAGGAAAUCCGAGGCUUGUUGGCUGAACUGGUUUGAGACAAAAGCUCUCCUGGCCAUGGUGAUACCGGCCUUGACCAUAGUUUUCAUCAACAUUUUAAUUGUAAUUUGGGUCUUAUACAAAAUGCUGAAAAGAGGUGUGGGAGACGCUGCACAAUCUGAUGAGAAAAACACGCUGGUGGUCAUAACGAGAUGUCUGGUCAUUUUGACUCCUUUAUUUGGAUUGACCUGGGGUUUGGGUGUGGGAACCAUGGUGUCAUCCACAAAUGAAGCAAUCCAUUAUGCCUUUGCAUUCUUCAAUUCACUACAGGGUUUCUUCAUUUUAUUGUUUGGGGUACUACUCGAUUCAAAGACUCGUUCUCUCCUCGGAAGGAAAUCACCUCGAACAAGCACUGGCUCUAAUUCUACGAGGAGUACAGGUGCUGGCAUUUCCUCCUUGAGUGGAAAUAAUUUUAUUGGCAGACUACUAGGAAGAAGAAAUGUCUACCACGUUUCACAAGCUACAAACACAAACAGCAGCGGUGCAACGGAGUCAUUUAGUAAUAUAUGAAUCAAUGCUACAAGCUGUAUAGGUAACAUUUGUUUGAUCAUUCAAAAUAUCUAUAAGAUAUAAUGAAUUUUCUGUAAAGUCAGAAACAGAAGUUAUGAAAUCAGUAACAAAAUAGUGAGGUUUUAAAAGAUUAAAAAUGCUUGAAGGAAUGUUCAGUGUGACAUUCCUUCAAACAUUUUUAAUGUAAAAUAAUUAAUAAUUUUUUUAAUCCCCAGAGCAUCAUUGGUGAAUAAUUAUUUACUACCCACUGGAUACUCCUGCUUGUGCAGAUACUAAUUUUAUUAACUAUUUUACAUUCUUAACACCCAUGACUAAUUAUUUAUUUAAAAAAUGGAUAUGUUGGUGCACAUAGCCCUCAUGUUGUCCUUCUGGGUAUUGCUCUUAAAUCAAACUGAUAGAUUUGCUAAAAUCAGAUAAUAGUUUAGAGAUCAAUGGGCACUAUUCUUUAAACAUUUUUGAAUAUUCCCUCAAAAGUAUAACAAUUUGGACACAGUUUUUUGCUCAAAGUUUUUUGCUUUUUGCCUUCUAAAUAUUUGUUCCUGUUUGUAAAAAUAUGUUGUAAAUUAACAUUGUACAGAUAUCUACAUUAUUUAAUAAAAACAGAUUAUUACAGAGUAAUGUUAAAAGAGUCAUCCAGACUUCCUGUUAAUGGCUUGAAGCGAGUAGAAGUUCCACAUGUUGACUUUACCUGUCACUCAGAGAUAAGUAUUUUUGACCUGUUCAUGUUAGUUCAUGUUAGCUGAGGCUUCGCAUGAGUGCCUAUAGCUAUGCUGUUAAACUUUUCAUUGCUUUCUAAUAGUGCCUUCAGUUUAACGCGUUAUUAACGGCGUUAACGCAAACCCAUUUUAACGCCGUUAUCGCGAGAUUAACGCAGAGCUGCCAACUCUCACGCUUUCGCCGUGUGACACACACUUUUGCAUGUUGGUGGUUGACUAAGUCACAGUAAUUUUUUAAAACAUCAUCGUAUCAGGCCGUCAUGAAGUACAAGGAGUGGGCGAGUGUGUUUCUGUGUGUGUGUGUGUGUGUGUGUGUGUGUGUGUGUGUGUGUGUGAGUGGUUCCAGAUAGCGCACCGUAGCCCCGCCCCCUGCCCCCGCGCACUCGCUCAGAGAGAAACAGUGAGAUCAGAGCUCAGUGACUGACUGCUUCUUGACAAUGGAAACAGUGAAAACACAGAGUUUCUCUGGUCUCAGCUGAUCAGAGAUCAGCGCCUCAGCUUCUUGAUCAGAGCAGAAGCUGCAGUUGGUUUCUACUGAGCUUCAGUAUCUGUGUUUGCCUCAGGUCUGACCUGCUCUCGCUUUUUGUUUUAAUAUUUCGCCAACUAAAAUAUAUAUUUUUAAGCUAUUAGGCUGCAGCUAUAUGUUUUUAUUUAUUUAAAAACAGGGUAUUUCUUAUUUCAUACAUUUUCCACAAAUAUGGGGAGGACUCAAAUAGCCCUAAACAGUUCUGUGUUUAAUUUGUUUCAAAGUGGGCCGACACUUGUUGUGCAUUUUGUUUGUUUGUUAUUUUGUUGCUUGUCUGUUUGAGAGGCCUGACUGUUGUUUUUCAAUAAAAUAAAACAUUUGCAUAAA